GUUUCUUACAAAAAGAAUGAGUACUGUUUUCAUACGUGGUGGCUUAAUGAAAUUCAUAUAGAAGCACAUCAUUUUGUAAGACACCUUUUCUCCGAGAGCAAGAGUUACCUUCACCUUGAACCUGUUUUUGGUACUAUGACCUGUGGACAAACCCAGAAGAUCAGGGUACAUUAUAUACUGAAUGAAGAGAUUCUGAGGAAUGAAAAGGACUUAACUUUCUAUUAUUUGAUCAAAGCACGAGGAAGCAUCUCACAAUCGGGAACACAUGUUCUACCCAUUAAGCAAGGAGAGAUGAAAGGAGUAUUUCCCUUCUCUAUUCAAGUUGAAUCAGAUAUUGCUCCUACUGCUGAGUUGUUGAUUUAUACUAUUUUGCCUAAUGGAGAAGUGAUUGCAGACACUGAUAACAUUAAAGUUGAAAAAUGUUUUGCGAAUAAGGUAAAUCUGAGUUUCUCCUCAGCCCAGGGUUUGCCAGCCUCAGACACCAAAGUGAAAGUCACUGCCACUCCUCAGUCCCUCUGUGCCCUGCGGGGGGUAGACCAGAGUGUGUUGCUAAUGAAGCCUGAAGCUGAGCUCUCACCACAAUCUGUUUAUGAUUUGUUACCAAUGAAGAAUUUGUUUCCUAUUGGACUGUCAAGGUAUGGAGUAUAUUCAGGUCCUACAAUUGAAGAUGAUGAACCAUGCAUUAAUGCAGACAACAGCAUGCAAAUGCAGACCAUAGAGGAUGAUACUUAUAGUAUCGUUACGUCUUUAGGAUUAGAGGUUUUCACCAACUCAAAAAUCCAGAAGCAACGUUUUUGUCAUCAACCUCGAAUAUAUGGAAUUAUACCUCCAAUAAUGCCACCACCACCACCACCACCAAUAGCAUUAGCAGCAGGUGUAGGUUCAAUGCCCAUGGGUUUACCAGGCAUGUCUGUUCCUGUUGUUGGUUCUUUGGCAGCAGGUUAUUCAAUGGCAAUGCCACUGCCAGGGCAGCCACUGCCAGGAAGCUUCCUGCCCAUGGAAAUCAAAAAAAGAGAGACAAUUCGGAAAUAUUUCCCUGAGACCUGGAUCUGGGAUUUGGUAGUAACUGAUUUAUCAGGUCAAAGUGACAUGGUGAUGAAAAUCCCGGACACUAUCACGGAGUGGAAAGCCAAUGCAAUCUGCCUGUCUGGAAAAACAGGGCUUGGUCUCUCCCCUACCAUCUCUCUUCAAGCUUUCCAGCCUUUCUUCCUUGAACUCACUUUGCCAUAUUCUGUCAUUCGAGGAGAAGCCUUCACACUCAAAGCCACUGUGUUCAAUUACUUGCCCCAAUACAUUCGGGUCAGCGUGCAGCUGCAGAUCUCUUCUGAAUUCUUGGCUGUCCCAGAAGAGAACAAUGUACUGUCUUACUGCAUCUCUGGAAAUGGACAGAAAACUGUAUCCUGGGCUGUGACCCCAAAGUCACUGGGAGAGGUAAAUUUCACAGCCACUGCAGAAGCCCUGCAGUCUCAGGAGUUAUGUGACAAUGAGGUGCCUGAUGCCCCAACAUUUGGGCAAAAGGAUACAGUGAUCAAGCCCUUAUUAGUUGAGCCCGAAGGAAUAGAAAGGGAAGAAACUUUCCACACAAUGCUCUGUGCCUCAGGAACUGGAGUAAUUGAAAAGUUGCCAUUAAAAGUCCCUUCAAAUGUGGUUGAAGGAUCUGCCAGGGCAACAUAUUCAGUUUUGGGUGAUAUACUAGGAUCUGCAAUGAAAAACCUUCACAAUCUUAUCCAAAUGCCCUUUGGUUGUGGAGAGCAGAAUAUGGUCCGUUUUGUCCCCAACAUCUAUGUUCUGAACUAUCUGAAUAAGACAGGACAGCUGACACAGGAUAUCAAGUCCAAAGCCAUUGACUACCUCACCAGUGGGUACCAAAGGCAGCUGAAUUAUAAGCACAAAGAUGGUUCAUACAGUACUUUUGGAGAAGAUGAUAAUGGCAAACAGCAAGGAAACACUUGGCUCACUGCAUUUGUGCUAAAGUCCUUUGUUCAAGCCCAAGUAUACAUCUCUGUGGAGUCUUCACACAUCACAGAUUCGUUCACAUGGCUCACGCAGAAACAAAAGGAAAAUGGUUGUUUCCAGAGCUCUGGAUCACUGUUACAUAAUGCUAUGAAGGGUGGGGUGGAUAAUGAGGUGACACUUUCUGCCUACAUCACCAUCGCUCUACUGGAAAUGCCACUGUCCAUCACUCACCCAGUUGUCCGCAAUGCUCUAUACUGCUUGGAAACAGCCUGGCAAUCCACCUCAAGGACCAAAGAAACUACUGUCUAUACUAAGGCACUACUUGCCUAUGCCUUUGCCCUAGCAGGAAACCAGGCCAGAAGAAAUGAACUGCUUAGCUCACUAGACCAAGAGGCUGUGAAAGAAGAGAAUUCAAUCCACUGGGAAAGACCUGGGAAACUUCAAGAAUCGAAUACAUUAUUUUAUCAACCCCGGGCUCCUUCUGCUGAAGUAGAGAUGACAGCUUAUGUGCUCCUUGCUUACCUUACUGUUCAACCUGUCCCAUCUUCAAGUGACCUAUCUGUGGCAUCCCAGAUUGUGAAAUGGAUCACAAAGCAACAAAACCCCUAUGGGGGAUUUUCCUCCACUCAGGACACAGUGGUAGCUCUCCAAGCCCUUUCAAAAUAUGGAACAGCAACUUUCUCUAAAAGGGAUAAACCUGUUAUAGUCCGCCUCAAUUCUUCAGAAACAUUCUCUGAAGAAUUCCAAGUAGAUGAGAGCAACCGCCUUCUGCUACAAGAGGUGGUGUUGCCGAAGAUUCCAGGGGACUACAGCACUGCAGUGUCAGGGUCUGGAUGUGUGUACCUCCAGACAUCCUUGAGAUAUAAUGUCCUGCCUAAGAAAGAGGGGAAAGAUCCCUUCGCUCUUAGUGUUGACACUUUCCCCAAGAACUGUGACGGGGUGGAUGCUCAAAAGAAAAUGCAGAUUCACAUAAAUAUUAGUUAUAUAGGAGAACAACCCAGCUCCAACAUGGUGAUUGUUGAUGUGAAGAUGGUGUCAGGCUUCAUACCUGUGAAAGCAUCCGUGAAAAAGCUCAAAGAAAUGCCUCAGAUUCAAAGGACUGAAGUCAACAAAAACCAUGUCCUGAUUUACUUUGAAGAGCUAACCAGUCAGGUUGUGAGUUUUACCUUCUCAGUGGAACAAGACAUUCAAGUAGAAAAUUUAAAAGCAGCCACAGUAAAAGCCUAUGAUUAUUAUGAGACAGAUGAGUUCACCAUUAAAGAGUAUAGCAUCCCCUGCAAUGCUGAAUCUGAGCAUAUAAUUGCUUGAAAAUAGAAGCUCAGGUAUAUGCCUCAUCAUAUGAACUUCUCAGAAAAUGAAGUACAAAGCUUUAUCAGGAGAGAAGACAGUGAAAGAAAGAAGGAAUGGAGAUUGGUCAUAGAUAAAAUUUGUAUAAUGAAACAACUUGUGACACAACUUUCUUAUUCUGUUAUUCAUCUAUGUUAUCAACCUUCUGAAAUACGCAUCUAUCCUUCAUUGUUAAAAACCAGAAAGAUAUAUACAAAAAGGUACACUCAAAAUGACUAUAUAUAAGUAAAAAUGGAAUUUAAACAAAUGUUUGCAUAGCCCUCAUGAAGAUAGGGGAAUUUAAGGAAUGUUUCUAAAUAUUGGAUACAACUAAAUGUCUGUCAGCAGGUGACUGCUAAACUAAUUAUGUAUGAUACAUUCACACUGUGGAAUACUGUGCCGCAAUGAAAAGGAACAAGAUAUUGAUAUACACAACUUGGAUACAUCUCAAAAUAUCAUGCAGAGUAAAAAAAAAAUGUCAAUUUCCAAAAGUCACAUUCUACAUGAUUUUUUUAAUAUGCCAGUCUUGCUAUUACAUAAUUACAGAGAUGGAAAACAAAUUAGUGUUUAUACGAGUUAGGAAUGAUGAUAUAAAGAGGUGUGUUACUUUAAAGGUGAAAUCUUACAGAGAUUUUCAUGUUGAUGAACUCAUUUAUUGACUGAUGCCGUAUUUCCUUCAUAAGUACCUAAUUUGUCACAAAAUAUAUUAUCAUAUAUUUUAAGACUGA